AUGAGCAAGAAGAAAACAACGGACAAAGCGACAGCAAAAGCUCAGCGACAAGAAAGUCGAAGAGCAAAACAAUGUGCGAAAAGUGCCAAGAAAGAUCGAAAAGCAUUGGGUACGGAGGAAGAAGACAUUGAAGUUCUUUUACAAGAAUUUCGGAAGAAAGACACUGAACGUACUCAAGUAACAGUCGAAAUAUCACCACAGCCAACACCUCGAGCCAAUUUUACGCUCUCGGCACUUCCUUCUGGUGAAAUGCUGCUAUUUGGUGGUGAAUAUUUUAAUGGUGAUGUGAAUGUGUGUUACAAUGACGUGUUUAAAUGGAAUCUCGACAAUGCAGCGUGGAAAGUUAUUAGUUCACUUAAUACACCACCACCAAGAUGUAGCCAUCAAUCAGUGGUUUAUCGAAAUCAUCUUUAUGUAUUUGGAGGAGAAUUUGCAACGGCAGAUCAGUUUCAUCAUUACCGAGAUUUAUGGAGAUUAAAUUUAAAGACCAAUGCAUGGGAAGAAUUGGAGGUAAAAGGUGGACCGAGUCCAAGAAGUGGACAUCGGAUGGUUGUCUGGAGAAACUAUCUCGUCCUUUUUGGAGGAUUCUACGAGGCUGCACGAGAGACCAAGUGGUUCAAUGACUUGUAUUUGUUCAAUUUAGCAGAGCUCAAAUGGCAGAAAGUGGCAUAUCCGCCGCACAGACAAGUUCCUGCUGAACGUAGUGGCUGUCAGUUGGCAGUGCACCCGUCGAAGGACCUUGUGUUUGUGUACGGUGGAUACGCUAAAGUGAAGAAUGUGGGCGAAAAGUCGGAAGGCAAAGUGUACUCAGACUUGUGGGCAUUGAAUUUAGCUCCGGUGCUAAAGCGUCAGUCGCCUACGUGGGAGAAACUCUCACGAAAGGGCCAGGCUCCGAGUCCUCGUGGAGGGGCUGCCGUGACGGUACAUAAGCAACGAUUUAUUCUUUUUGGCGGUGUGUUUGAUGAAGAAAAGCGUCGUCACACGAUGCAGUCGACGUUUUACAAUGAUCUGUUUGUGUACGACAUGGAUCGUCGUCGUUGGUUCGAGUUUACGUUGCGUGGUAAGAAGCUUACGGACGGCAAGCGCCGACGCAAAAAGGAAUCUAAGGCGCUUGAGGACGAAACGGCUGGUGACAGUGAUAAUGAUGAAGAAGAUGAAGUUGUUGAGGAUUUUGAUGCGAUGCUGGAGAAGCAAUUUGGAUACGUCGACGACGAAGGCAACAUCGUGUACAUUGACGACGCCCACGAGGAAGAAGAGACAAAGAAAGGAGAAGAAGGAGAUAGCGAUGUUGUGUCUCAAGAAUCGUGCUUUGCUAAGCGAUCCGAUCUGGAACUUGGAAAAGAAGAGGAAACAAAAGGAGAGGAGAAGGAAGAAAAAAAGCAUGUUGUUUUGGAUGAUGACAUCAAGCUCGAUGAACUGGAGGAGGAAGAAUCUGCUGCACCUGCCCCCUGUCCUCGCAUUAAUCCCGCUGUGAUGAUCCAUGGAAGUACGCUAUAUGUCUAUGGUGGUGUUGUUGAGGAUGGCGAUCGUGAGAUCACACUUGACGAUUGCUGGUCCUUGGACCUGAAGCGUCUCGAUGAAUGGAAGCAAGUGUUGCCUGGCACGAUGUCUCAUCAGAUUUGGAAGGGUGAAGUGAGCGAGACGGAGGAGUCUUCGGACGAUGACGACGACGGCGACUUUGAUGACGAUGACGACGACGACGACGAGGAGGACGAUGUGGGUCGUAUGAAAGCACGAGGAGAAAAGGAAAAGGCAAAGGCUGUGGACCGGGCGGUGGCGAUGCUUGCCAAGAAAGAAAAAGAGGACGCCGAGGAAACGCCUAAGAGAGAAAAGAGAGACAAGAAGAAGAAAGUUAAAACCAAGAAGGAGAGCCAUCGCAAAGCAAUUCGUGCUGAGAUGGAGAAUUUACAGGAACAAUUGGGGCUCAGUGAUGUUGACCGUACACCUCAAAUGGGCGAAAACCUGCGUGAUUUCUUUGCGCGAACCGACGCGACUUGGGCAAAGGAAGUCAUGAAGCUUCCCAGCACUAUGGAACAUGAACUCAGCAUUAAGGAGAUCAAGCGAGAGGGUUUCUUGCUAGCUGAGGCCCGUUACAAGGAGCUGCUACCAGUGUUGGAACGUCUGAACGCGUUAGAGCUGGAACAGAAGGAGGCCGAGGAGAUGUAUGCACUGAAGAAGAAGGGAGGCAAGGAGAAAAGCCGACGCUGA